AUUGUUGGGGGGCACCAUCUGAGCAGGAGCAGCAGCAGCAAGAGCAGAGSCAGCACCACCAGCAGCAGCUGAAGCAGCGGCAUCUUUUGGGUCUGUUUGCCCAAACUAUUCGGUCGCUUACGGUCGUCGUGGUCAGCUCGUCGCAACGCCGCCAAUACGCCCGCCCGCUACGCUGCGGCCAAUUGACAGCUCGUAAAAGAAUCGUUAAAAUCAUAAAAAUUAUCAUAACAAUAAUCGUAAAAAAUUAGAACCGCAACACCAGUCGCACAUUGGCCACAGCCACAACCAGAGCAAGAGCCAGAGCCAGAGCCACAGACACAGACAAUAAUCGCAGUCAGAAGAAACGCGCGCGUUUUCUCAUACUUUCUCUCUCUUUCCCCCGAGCACUUCUUCUGCUGCUGUUUUUUAUGAUGUUGACCCGCGUAGAUACUUAAGAGCCCAUAAACACCUACCGUUCCAACGUCUGGCAGGUGUCUAACUCGGCAAUCAAAUUGUGCAAUAAGUGAAUUAGUGUUAGCAUUACACUUGUUACACACUCCAACCAAAUAAAUAAAUACAUGCAUAAAUACAUCAAGUGAUUCACGCUAAAUAUUUCUCCUGACUUGGCUCUAGCCAAAGCGUGUGAAGUUCGUCUAACAUUUCUAGUCCCAAAGUAAGCAAUAUCUAUACAAACCCAGCAGACAGCCAAAAAGAAAGAAGAAGAAAGAAAAAAAUAACAAAGUUCAAGAAGGUAAAGCAAGUGCAGAUAAAAACAUAAAAGAAGAAAAGAAAAAUAAUCAAACAAAAAUCUACAAAAAAAGUUUACGGUGUAAAAAGUUUCUGAGCACGUGCACAACUGCAAGUUGAAUUCGUAAGCCAGCCAUAAGGAUCAAGGAUUUGCGCAUUCAAAUUUGGAUUUAGACGCCGCAUUUAUUGGAUUAUCAAAUUAGCAAAUUGUGGAUUAGCUGUUCGAGCGAAAUUUAUGGAUAACCCACACAAAAGAGUUUCAAAAUCAAAAUUGAAAGUAACAACUAGAGGUUAAGGCUACUUAAGGAUUUAGGCAACAGCAAUUACAACACCAACGGAUUUUCUACCAAAUUAGGAGGAAGCGAGGAGCCAACACAGCAAACAGAGGACGCAAAUCAAUUAAUACCUCACCCCCUUACUCAAAUACACACACAUACACACACACGCACUCACACACUAAGUUUAAGGCGCAAUUGUACAUUGUACUUAAGUGUUCAAAGGAUAUUUAGUUUACUUUGUAUAUAGGAAAGUAGCUAAAAGCACACGGAGUCGAGUCACAGUCACUAGCAACUAAGUAAGCGCUAUCUAGAGCAACAGUUCGAGGCAACAGUCAACAGGAGUAAGACGACAAAAAUGACGAUGAGUACAAAUAACUGCGAGAGCAUGACGUCAUAUUUCACAAACUCGUAUAUGGGGGCGGACAUGCACCAUGGCCACUAUCCGGGCAACGGGGUCACCGAUCUCGAUGCACAGCAGAUGCAUCACUACAGCCAGAAUCCAAAUCAGCAGGGCAACAUGCCCUACCCGCGCUUCCCGCCCUACGAUCGCAUGCCCUACUACAACGGCCAAGGCAUGGACCAGCAGCAGCAACAGCAGCAGCAGCACCAGGGCUACUCGCGCCCCGACAGCCCCUCGAGUCAGGUGGGCGGCGUCAUGCCGCAGGCCCAAACGAACGGUCAGCUGGUCCAGCAGCAGCARCAGCAACAGUCACAGCAGCAGCAAGCGCAAACACAACAGCAGCAGCAGCAGGCGCAACAGGCGCCGCUGCAGCAGCAGCAUCCUCAGGUGACGCAACAGGUGACACAUCCGCAGCAGCAACAGCCCGUCGUCUAUGCCAGCUGCAAGCUGCAGGCGGCCGUCGGGGGCUUGGGCAUGGUCCAGGAGGGAGGCUCACCGCCGCUGGUCGAUCAGAUGGGCGGACAUCAUAUGAAUGCGCAGAUGUCGCUGCCCCACCACAUGGGUCAUCCGCAGGCACAGCUGGGCUACACGGAUGUUGGCGUUCCCGACGUGACAGAGAUGCAUUCGCAGGUGCAUCAGAACCACCACAACAUGGGCAUGUAUGGGCAACAGCAGACAGUUGUGCCGCCGGUGGUGGCACCGCCGCAGGCGAUGAUGCAUCCGGGCGCUGGACAGGGCCCGCCACAGAUGCAUCAAGGACAUCCCGGACAGCAUACGCCUCCAUCCCAAAAUCCGAGUUCGCAGUCCUCAGGGAUGCCGUCUCCACUGUAUCCCUGGAUGCGAAGUCAGUUUGGUAAGUGUCAAGAGCGCAAACGCGGCCGCCAGACCUAUACACGCUACCAGACGCUGGAGCUGGAGAAGGAGUUCCAUUUCAAUCGCUACUUGACGCGCCGACGACGCAUCGAAAUCGCGCACGCUCUCUGCCUGACCGAGCGCCAGAUCAAGAUCUGGUUCCAGAACCGACGCAUGAAGUGGAAGAAGGAGAACAAGACGAAGGGCGAGCCCGGCUCCGGCGGCGAGGGCGACGAGAUAACGCCACCCAACAGCCCCCAGUAGAUGCACAGACUCGAGCGGGAAUUAUGGGGUAUACGUUCACGGUGGAGUAGUCCAAGUCCAGCUCCAGCUCCAACUCCAACUACAAGUCCAAGUGGCAGGUGGAGCAGCGAAGCCAGCGCAAAACUAAAUGAAAUUUCAAGCUAAAUACAAUUUACAAUUUAUGAAUUUGUUUUGAACUAUCCAAGAGAGGACUAACUAGCUGCGGCGUUGUUGCUAGAGUGCAUCGCGAAAGAGUGCACGAAACAACACUGAACACUAAACUACAA